CAGCCGCAGAUGUUGUUGUGCGCAUGCGCAACUUAGUCUGAAGCCUGGCUGGUUCUCUUCAGGAUGGCGGAUAACAGUGUGCUGCUGGGUUUAGUGGAAGAAUUCGUGUCUGGACAGGUUGACAGCAAGGCUGCAGAAACCGCAACAGGUGUCAAGACCGGACAGUUCACGAUUCUUCAGCUGGUUGAAGCUUUGGGGUUGAGUUUGAGCAGCUCUCAGCAUCAGACGCGUGGCCGUGGAGUCCAGCUCCUGUCUGAGGUCCUGCAGGAGAGCUACAGCAGUCUUUCUGAGAGAGAGGUGGAGGUCCUGCUAGCUUUCUAUGAAAACAGACUGAAGGACCACUAUGUGAUCAUACCACAUGUUCUUCAGGGGCUCAAGGCUUUGACGAAAUGCUCGGUUCUGCCUCCUGGUUCAGCUGUGUCCAUCUUGAAAUCCAUCUUCCAGGAUAUUCAUGUUCAGUCCUUGAUGCUGGCUGAACGAUCGUGUGUUUACAACAUCCUUAUCAGUCUAAUGGAGUCCAAAGAGGAGGAGCUCAAAGGUUUGGGUGCAGACUUCAUAUUUGGAUUUGUGCAGUCAGUAGAUGGAGAACGAGAUCCACGCAACCUGCUGCUGGCCUUCCAGGUGGCCAGGAACAUCAUUCAAAGGGGCUAUGAUCUCGGGAAGUUUGUAGAGGAACUGUUUGAAGUGAUGUCCUGUUAUUUUCCUAUAGACUUUAGCCCUCCGCCCAGCGAUCCUCGAGGGAUCACACGGGAAGAGCUUGUUCUUUCUCUUCGGGCUGUUCUUACUGGGACGUCUCAGUUUGCUGAGUUUCUGUUACCAUUGAUCAUUGAGAAGCUGGACUCAGAUAUUCAGAGUGCUAAAGUGGACUCCCUGCAGACACUGGCCGCCUGCGGUCUGACGUAUAGCCAUAAAGAGCUGGCAGAAUUCCUUCCGGGUCUUUGGAGCUCAAUACGGAGGGAGGUGUCCCAGACGGCCAGUGAGCGAGUGGAGACCGCUGGUCUGUCGGCUCUCAGUGCUCUGGUGUCCUGUCUUUCUCGUUCUGUGCUCACUUCAGACUCCGAGGAUGUGCUGCAGGUGUUUUUAAGCCUCGUUCUCAAAGACUGUCAGCAUCAUCUCUGUGAGCCAGACCUCAAGCUGGUGUGGCCCAGUGCCAAACUCCUGCAGGCCGCGGCCGGAGCCUCGUACAGAGCCAGUCUGAUCGUGUCCGCUGCCAUCAUACCUUCCCUCCUGGAGCAGUAUAAUAACAGGACACAGUGUGCUCAGCGGCGCACCCUGCUGGAGGUUCUGCAGGGUUUCGUGCAGCCCACCGCACUCAGCCGGCCUGCAGAUGGAGAGGACAGUGUAUUGGUUGCGUUUCAGCAGUCGUUGUGUGGCGUGGUUUUCUCAGCGCUGACGGAGUCCAGCGCCGGUCUCCAGAUUACAGGCACACGUGUGCUCACUGCACUGGGACAGCAGCCCGGUUUGAUGUCUCAGCCAGAUGUGGAGAAAGCUGUCGAUCAUCUAACCAGACUCAUUCUGGAGGAAGACGAUCCUAAAGUGAGUUUGGCUGUGGUGGAGUGUUCAGGAUCACUGGCUCAUCUGCAUCCCAAAGCCUUUAUUUCCAGGAUGAUUCCUCGACUGAAGGAAGAGAUCCUGUCAGGUCAGUCUGAUGCAGCUGUACGUCAGCGGUGUGUGACGGUGUUGGCGUCGGUGUCGUCUCUGUCCAGUGUGGUGCAGGAAAGCGCCCCUGUUCUGCUGCAGGUGCUAGCUUCAGCCCACACAGGUAGCUGUGGUUUCUCUGUGGAGGAAGUGGCUGCUGUAUGCAUCAGUUUGCAGAAGAUAGCGGCGCACGCGCGUGACUCGGAGGAGAUUGGACGGUUCUUCCAUGACAUCAUCAUUCCACACCUUCUAGGGCUCUGCUUACAGGCAGCGCUGCAGAGUAGGGACGCUGGUCACAGUAGUCCACUCACAGACGAGGCUGUUCUGUCUGCUGUAGUCCCUGUCAUGAGCACAGCCUGUGCUGCGCUACAAUCAGAAUCAGCGUCCCGCAUGGCCGCCCAGGCUGUUUCCCUCUUCCUGGAUGGAGACGUGUCUUUCCUGCCAGAGAAUGCCUUCCCUUCCAAAAUCCAGCUGCUCCAGAUCCAGUCUCCAGCUCUGUCUCAGCUGGUGUGUCUGCUCAUGGCCUGCGUCUGCUCUCUUCCAUGCAGCGUGGAGAUUCCUGAGAUUGACAGGCUUCUUCUGCAGCUGGAGGAUCUGAGCUGCACCUGUCCUCACCUGUUCUCCUACACCUGUGCAGCCAAGUGCUUCGCUGGCUUGCUCAACAAGAGGCCGGCAGGUGAAGCUCUGGACGCGGUGCUGGAGAGAGUGAUGAAGAGGAUCAGUGUGGAGCUGGAGAACUCUUCCUCUGUCCAGCGGACUCGAGCGCUCACGCUGCUGCUCUGGGUGUCUAAAGCCCUGCUCUUACGCUACCAUCCGCUAUCAACAGCCCUGACCGACCAGCUCUUCGCUCUGUUGAGUGACCCGGCGUUAGGAUCUCAGGCGGCUGAUGGUUUCGGCGUCCUCAUGAGCGACUCUCAGGAUGUGCUCAAUCGCGGUUGUCACGCUGACGUGCGCAUCAUGUACCGACAGCGCUUCUUCGCUGAAAACUCAGCCAAACUAGUCGAAGGCUUCAACUCGGCAGAGCAGGAGAAGAAGUCUUGUUAUUUGAAGGCGCUGUCUCAUAUUGUCAGUAACCUUCCCAGACAGGUGCAGCUCACAGAGCUUCCUGCGCUGCUGCCGCUGCUGUUGGAGGCUCUGGCGUGUGUGGAUCAAGCCGUCCAGCUGUCCACUCUCUCCUGUCUGCAGCCGGUGUUACUGGAGCCACCAGAGGCCCUCAGGAACCAGCUGGAGGCGCUGUUCUCCCGUCUGCUGGCCCUCACCACCAGCCCCGCUAUGAAAGUGAGGAUUGCAUCGCUGCAGUGUGUUCAUGCGCUCUCUCGCCUGCCUGAACAUAUGAUCCUGCCGUUUCGUGCCAGGGUCCUGAAAGCUCUCGCUGUUCCUCUGGACGACAAAAAGCGUCUGGUGAGGAAGGAAGCCGUGGCGGCUCGAGCAGAAUGGUUUCUGUUAGGAAGCCCCGGUGGAAGAUGAACAGAUGCUGUAGAUGACACAGACCAGACCAGCCUUUGAUUUUACUCCCUUAGCCUCUUUUUUUUAUGAUGUGGCAUGAGUCUGGGCACCGAAGUGGCUAAACACGGACACACAGACUGCUUGAACACAAACACAAUGAUGCGCUGAAUCGAGAGUGAAUCACACACACGAGCCGCAGUGCAUUGUGGGACGUUAUCAUUUGUUCAAUAGAGCCGUGUCACUAUUAUAGGAAUGUUAGUUUGAUGCAGGAUACAGCUGUUGAUGUGACUGUCCUAAUGUCCGUAUUUUUAAACCACAGUUGUUCAUUUUCUCAAGACUUACUAAAAGGUCAAACUGACGAAACUGAUGCCAAGAAUAUAAAACAGUAUUUAAGUGUCAUAACCUGUCAAUAAAACUUUUUGCAAAUUGUGA